AUAUGUAAGAAGAUCAAUGAUGGCGAUUGGAACCAUAUCUCCGUGGACUGUACACUAUAUAUGUGAAAGACAUUCCUUAUACACACGUUUUGUCUUGAAACGGUGCCCAGCUGCAUUCCUCUUAAUGAAAAGGGACUUCAAAACGUUGGCACUUCUCCAUUCUCUCAAUUCAUUUUUAGAUCCCCAAGAUGAGAAUAAAAUUGGCAUCAGUAGUGGCACAGCAGUUUUGCCACCACCCCACGCCUGGACCCCAGUCAGCGAUGAAGGUGAUGAUCAUUGUUCGAAGUUCCCAGUCAGAACGCAGUGUGAAUUCUUGAAGAUGGAAUUCAUGGAUGGGAUGACGGAACUCGGAUGUGACAGCAUAGAAAAACUGAAGGCCCAGCUUCCUAAAAUGGAACAAGAACUAAAAGAGCCAGGAAGAUUUAAGGAUUUUUAUCAGUUUACUUUCAACUUCGCAAAAAACCCAGGCCAGAAGGGUUUAGAUUUAGAAAUGGCCAUCGCCUACUGGAAUUUAGUACUUCACGGAAGAUUUAAAUUCCUAGACUUGUGGAACAAAUUUUUAUUGGAACAUCAUAAAAGAUCUAUACCGAAGGACACUUGGAACCUUCUUCUAGACUUCAGUACGAUGAUAGCAGAUGAUAUGUCGAAUUAUGAUGAGGAAGGGGCAUGGCCGGUUCUUAUUGACGACUUUGUGGAAUUUGCACGCCCUCAAAUCGCUGGAAUAAAAAGCACGACAGUGUAGCACCCAACGAACCUUCUCCGAUGUACAUAGCCUUGUACAAAUAAAAAAAAAUGAUGAGGAAAAAUGGCACAGUCAAUUUCUGCCGGCUGGACUGAACAGACCUGAAGACCCAUCUUCCAGAGGCGAAAACUGAGGGCGGAGACCUAUCUUUUAAGGAUCUACUUUGGACCAUAUCGGACUGUGGCUGCCUCGGGCUUCUCUCCUAGCUUGAGUCGGCCUAGCUUAUUUAAAAAAACUCCAGUAGUGUGGAAUUUUUUUUUUUUUAAACGGAGCACUCUCAUCGUUCCCAUAAACCUUAAAACGUGUCAGGUGGUCAUUCUUUUGAGAUUUCCGGUUACGUGUAAAAGCACAUCCGUCUUCACCCAACCGUGGCAUAAGAAUCCCACAGAUCAGUAUCUCGUCCCGGUUUGUUUGGGGUUUUUUUUUGCUUUAUUCUGUUGUCGGGUUCUUCCCCCCCCCCCCUUUAUUAUUUCAGAACAGCUCUUCUGAAAUAUCGUUCUUCUGGGCUAGCCGCAAAGACUCGGCUGAUGGAGAACGCCCUUCCGAGAGCGACGCGGCUGAGGACGUCGGCUUCUUCGGGCCACGUUGUCGGAACGAACGGCUGCCGGGUUUUCCUUUCCCUUGGCGCAGAUGUCAAAAUGCUUUAACAGAAGCCUAGGUUCUUCUGCCCCCCCCCCCUUCCCGUUCUGGGCUAAAUUCAGCUGAUAACUGGUGGCAAAUUGUUGAGGGUCGAUGGCAUGUAUACAUUGGGAACAAUAACAGUGCGCCCCUGUUUUAAUAGUAUAGUCCAACACUGGGUGCCUAAUGUUAAAAGAUGACUCGCCCUUUGGUUGCCCUGGUUUCCUGUUUCUGCCUCUUAUUGUUGAUCCUUUCCCCAUUUUCUUUUUUUGCGGGUCCCCUCAGCUGCCAGCAUCCCAGCCGCCUUGGCUCUUUAUAAUACCAGACGAGCACUAUGUAAAGGAGCGUGGCUGGAACUGGGGUUCCCUGGGCCAUUGAGCUCAUCACGAGCUGCAUGGGGCUAGUGACGUCCCCCAAAGCCGCUGGGGAUACCUUGGCCUGCUUGCAAUCUACUUGGGUAGAGCAGUGCCCUGGGGCAGAGGUGGCCAGCUUCCUCAGGGAGCCGGGGCAGUUUCCCCCUCUCAUUUGUCCUCCAGUUCUUGGGGCUAAUUGGUACCUCCUCCUUCGUUGACCUAAAUCCACUGCCUGCCCAACCACCCCCCCACCCCCGGUAUAUUGCCUCAAAGUAGGCAGAGCAACAGAAAUGUUAUUUGUAACAUCUAGUGGAGGCGGCGGUUGCCAAAUGAGGACUCUCCAGUUUUGUCCAGAACGUGGAUCCUAAAUUGCCAACAACCGGCUUGUAGUAAAAUUUCGUAUCAUUGUAAAGCUCUUCUCUUUGUUCAGACCAUCUCUCUCUCUCCCCCACCCCGCUUUAAGUUCUACUGAAAUGUGAAAACUUGAAUACAGUACUGAAUGUGUAAUCUUCGUUACACAUCGUAAAAGUCUCCGUUAGAGCCAAUGAAAGGUUUCAGUAGUUGGAAUUACGAUGGCCACGAUUCGAAUCUCUUCCGCGUGAGCCACAUCGUAUAAACCUCGUCAAUGUGAGCGGUACUGCCGUCGUGGAUAAUGCCAUUUAUCAGUGACAGACGACGUCGACAAACUGCAGAUUGCUGUGGUUGCCAAAUGGGAGGCAUCAUAUCGCCCUGACUCAGAUCUCCCAGGGAGCUCUAGUGCGUAGGGGGAUUCUUGGGAACAGGAGGGGCUUCUCCGGUCACGUCAGCAUUGGCAGCACACAUCAAAGAUAGAGUGAAUAAGCUGCUAAGCUGAUGGGAGCCUCCUGGGAGGGGAGCCUCCUGAGGGCUGGGACCGGAAGGGGUCCUGCUUUCUGGUCCGUGCAAGUGCCAGGCUCUAUCAAGCACAAUCCAGCCGAAUGGGCGGAGCACUUUGAAGUCCAGUUUAUUUCAGCGGGGGGUAGUUAAGAAUGUACCUGGCUCAUUAGUUGAACUCUUUGGAACUUU